CAGCGUCAGAUAUGAAAAGAAAUGAUAUGAUAUCAGAAUUACUACAGAAAAGGCAAGAACAGGAUAUACGUAAUUUGAACGGCGCAUUAGUGGAGUUUCGCAAACUUCACCAACAGCCGGACGCUGCCCGGGAGUGGGACCUUAAUGACCCAGAUGCGAAGAAAAAAGACAAGCCUGCCAGAGUCCAUGAUGAUGAUCCACGGUGCGGUAUUUCUAGCAUUCAGAAGUUUGACGGUGAAGACCUGAAUAGCGAAGCCCGUCAGAAACUUAUGAAGGAGCAGAUGCGCGAGUGGACUAAAAAGCAGAAAGCAGAGCGGAACCUGCAAAACAAGCGACAGUCGGAAGCCGAUAGAUUGUACGAUCUUCAUCGACGAGAGAUGGAUCAGAGAGCUAUGGAACUCAACAAAGCAGAGGAGGAUUGUCGUCGUGCGAUUAACGAGUCUGUCAGGGAUUAUAAUAAAGCAUUGGUAAUUGGCCAAAUUAUAAUUUAUUCAUACUAACACAUUUUUAAAAGU